UAACAAACAAGACAAGGAGGGAUGGUGCACUCACUGCACCACCGACACAAAGCCAUAGAUAGUCAAUUCACUGUCGGUCAUGAAUGUCUUGACAAUAAGCGGCAAAACAGCGGUCGUACGCAAUGCAAUAGGCGACACAAACGGACGUACGCAUCAGAUCACAUGUAUCUCGUCCAGCCAGCCAGAGAUAUGCACGAGCCUCUGCCUCUCUCACUGUCUCUCUCUGUGUCUGUCUCUCUGUCUGUCUGUCGUCACAUCACACCACAUCACACCUCACCACCUCACCCACCAGACGACCAAACGCAUUCGACUGAUUGACUGACUGACAUCUCCCCGAAGACACAAAAUUGCCGCUCGUCGAGCAGCUACGAACACCCACCCUCACACACGCGCACCGAUAAGGAGAGGGGAGGGGACACUUCUGCGUUGCCUAGCAGCGGAGAUGAACCGUUGAACACCCACCCUCUCCCUCGUCCCUCCAUCAGCCAAACAUCUGGUUGAGAGUGCCUGCACACACACAGACAACCGCGUGUGUGUUAGAUAGAGUGUCUGUCUGUCUGUCUGUCCGUGUGGGUACCGCACCAUUGGCGGUGAGCACUAUCCAUAGGAAGCCGACGACAAACGACGCCAGGCACGAGAAGACGUGGAUGAACACCGCAAACCGCCAACGAUUGAUCGACACCCGGUACGUCACUGACACCAACACACACACCAACACACACACCAUAUGAGGCCACUGCGCCCACACCUUCACACCCAUUGCCGGCCGGCUGCCUACUCUCGCCAUAUGCGGCUGCAAGGAAGCCCAUAGUGAGUGUGGUGACCAGCAAAAAGAGACAGAGGUACACCAAACCGUCCAAGGGAUCGGCGAAUUUCGACGCUGGCAACAGGCCGAGCAAACCACCAGGGCCUGAUCCACAUCGACACGCACACACAGGGCGCCCAUCCACCAACACAACACAAUGCAACACAACAUAAGCCCAGUGUUUGUGUGUGUCGGUCGUCCUCCCUACCAGCGACGCCGUGCAGGAUGCCCAUGCAGACGGCCGUGACCUUCUGCAGCAUGCCCCCCGCCCCCCUGCUGCUGCUAGUGACAGCGCUGGUGGUAGUGCUGUCCCCGAGGUGACGGUGGUGGCCGUGCCCAUGGCCCUCCCACCAAUGCCCAUGAGGAUGAGAGUGAGAAAGAGGGUGAGGGUGAGAAAGGGGCUGCAUCACCAUGGGCAGUGCCACUGACGACCUGCCACUCUCCUGAGUGGGUGUGGUCGGCGAAUCAUUGUCACUCUCGCCGUGGCCAUGCCGGGUCAGCAUGGGCAAUUCCAGCGGCCGCCGGCUCUCCUCCGGCGGCGCGUCCGCCUCGUUGGAGAGGUGCCAUUCUGGCGGUGUGUGGUGCGGAUGGUCGUCUCGAGUGCCCUCAGAUGAGCUGCUAGUGCUGCUGGUGGUCGGGGUGCAGCUGGUACUGCUCUCCCCGCCUCCCUCGCCCUCCCCGCCAUCCUCAUCGCCGUGUCGGGUGGCCAUGGUGACGGCGCUCUCGCCAUCUCUCCUGCCCAUAUCUCCUCCUUUGAUCUCUCCGUUGCCGUCACCAUCUGGCCAUCCAUCGUCGGCGAGCGGCGCUUGGUUGCCAAUCACGCGAGGGCUGCGGUUGACGGGCGUGUGUGUGGUGGACGAGAGAGGGGUCGAUGCGCUGUCGCUAGCUGCCGCUUGUGACACAGCCCAUGACGUGGCAGCACCAUGGUCGUCUUCAGGGAGCGUCCUGUAUGCGCCAGGAGGGCCGAGAAGCUGCGGUUGCUGCUGCAGCUGUAGUUGUUGCUGUGGCGACCAUGGGUCUCUCUCGUGUUGCUUGGCAGGGUCCGCAUCGCACGGGCUGUUGGUGUCGGUGCCGAGAGCCACAGCCCCGUAGACAUAGGAGGGGUGGGUGCAGUCGCCGCCCAGCGGCAGAUGGAUGUUUUCCCUGAUGCGGCUCAGCCACCCCCCUGACGCCAUAGCCAUCUCCACCGCCUCACCCCCGCCACUACCGCCGCCCUUGCCAUUGUCAUGGUGAUGAUGCGACACAUGACUCUCGCCAUUGACGACAUGGAGGGUCCUGGCGUCCUCCUCGACCCCCCUCUCCACACACAUGUCCUCCCCCCCAGUGGCUAGUGCUUCAAGCGCCACAUCAUCCCCACCACUCCCAGCGACAACACCCCCACAGAUAUCGCCCUUAUCGGUCCUGAGCUCCCUCCACGACUGCACGGCGUAGACUAGAGAGAAGACCACCAUGGCCGCGCCGGCGAUGUAGUUGAUGAUGUCGUCUAGCAGCGGGCUCACAAGGCCCGUUCCUCGGUGGUGGCCCUUGGCUGAUUGGUGAUGUUGGCUGCGCAGCCCCCACAGCACCAGACCCACCAGCAACAGGCCUAUGGAGUGACCUGCAGACAGACAGACAGACAGACACCAGAAACAAACAAAGUGGUUGUAAGUGGUGUGGUGUGGUGUUGGUGCACCCACGGCACGUACCGAUGCCCCAUCUGAUGCCGUAGUAGAAGGCUUUGAACCGCUUGCGCACACAGAUAGUGAUGAUGGCCGACACGUGGUCAGGGCCAGUCAGCACGUGAGCUAUCCCCGAUAACACCGACGUCAAAAUCGCACGAUAUAGCAUCAUAAUCAAAGAUAGCCAAAGCGCCUCCGCCGCGCCACCGAACAAUAGAUGUCCCAAGUUGCUCCCAACAAUCAGCAGAAAACAGGACGCACCAAGCAAGGCACCAAGCCUCUACCUUUGGAAGCCUGGGGCGCCUGCUCGACUUCUCAUAUCUCUCACCCUCCCAUCCGACCUC